AAGUUCUGGGCAGUACUUGAUCAUUUCAGAGCUGAGUAACUGGUUAGAUUUGUGACCUGUGAGACAAACUGUCUUUUCAGUCGUGGUCAUUACACAUCACACAUGUCAUACAUAACUGUGCUGUAGGCAAAGGAGUGUCACAUAUACCUCGCCCCAAAAAAAGGUGCUGCUUAAAGUGUCUGCAGGUAUCAGAUACUCAUUAGUCUUUAACACAACAAAGAGCAUCAGUGGCCGCAUCUUGGUUAGAUUCUUCAUACUGGGAUUUACAGAAAAAAGCACUGCCAUGGACUGGAAGAUUUACAGGCGUCUUCGAGGAAUACUCAUAAUUUUGAUACUAUGUCUCAGAUAUACAGUUACAGAAACAAGUACAACUUCAGAAAUGACAGUACCCUCAUCAACUGAAACCACACAGGUCUCAACCACCACAGAAUUUUCAACAGAAACAACAACAGUUCCUUUAAGUACAUCUUCAGAAACAAGAGUACCCGAAUCAACACAGGCAUCAACAACUACAGAGACCAGAGUUCCCUCAACAUCUGAAACCACACAGGUCUCAACAACAACAGAAUCAACAACUUCACAAACAGCAACAUUUUCUUCAAGUGCAACUUCAGUACCUUUAACAUCUGAGACCACACAGUCCUCAACCACCACAGAAUUUACAACAUCAGAAACAACAACAGUUUCUUUAAGUACAUCCUCAGAAACAACAGAACCGGCUACAACUGAAUCUACACAGGCAUCAACAACUACAGAGACCACAGUUCUCUCGACAUCUGAGACCACACAAGUCUCAACAACCACAAACUUUACAACAUCAGAAGCAACAACAGUUAUUUCAAGUACAACUUCAGAAACAACAGUACCCGCUACAACUGAAUCUACACAGUUAACAACUACAGAGACCACAGCUGCAUUAACAACUGAGACCACACAAGUCUCAAAAACAGUAGAAUCUACCACAUCAGAAACAACAACAUUUAUUUCAAGUACAACUUCAGAAACAACAGUACCCUCAACAACUGAAACUACACGGGAAUCAACAACCAUAGAGACCACAGUUCCCUCAACAACUGAAACCACCCAGGCCUCAACAACCACAGAAUUAACAACAUCAGAAGCAGCAACAGUUUUUUCAAGUUCAACUUCAGAAACAACAGUACCCUCAACAACUGAAACUACCCAGGCUUCAACAACCACAGAGACCACAGUUCCCUUAACAACUGAAACCACACAGGUGUCAACAACAACAGAAUCAACAACUUCACAAACAGAAACAUUAUCUUCAAGUGCAACUUCAGUACCUUUAACAACUGAGACCACACAGUCCUCAACCACCACAGAAUUUUCAACAUUAGAAACAACAACAGUUUUUUUAAGUACAUCUUCAGAAACAACACAACCCGCUACAACUGAAUCUACACAGGGAUCAACAACUACAGAGACCACAGUUCCCUCAACAUCUGAAACCACCCAGGCCUCAACAACCACAGAAGCAACAACAGUUAUUUCAAGUACAACUUCAGAAACAACAGUACCCGCUACAACUGAAUCUACACAGUUAACAACUACAGAGACCACAGUUGCAUUAACAACUGAGACCUCACAAGUCUCAACAACCGCAGAAUUUAAAACAUCAGAAGCAACAACAGUUAUUUCAAGUACAGCUUCAGAAACAACAGUACCCGCUACAACUCAAACUACCCGGGAAUCAACAACCACAGAGACCACAGUUCCCUCAACAACUGAAACCACCCAGGCCUCAACAACCACAGAAUUUACAACAUCAGAAACAACAACAGUUUCUUUAAGUACAUCCUCAGAAACAACAGAACCCGCUACAACUGAAUCUACACAGGCAUCAACAACUACAGAGACCACAGUUCUCUCGACAUCUGAGACCACACAAGUCUCAACAACCACAGACUUUACAACAUCAGAAGCAACAACAGUUAUUUCAAGUUCAACUUCAGAAACGACAGUACCCUCAACAACUGAAACUACCCGUCUCAACAACAACAGAAUCAACAACUUCACAAACGACAUUUUCUUCAAGUGCAACUUCAGUACCUUUAACAACUGA